CAUGUCAAUGAAGAAGCUCUUGUGGGUUGUUCUGUCCCUUUCUUUGGUUCUUGGAGUGGCCAAUAGCUUUGAUUUUCAUGAGAAGGAUUUGGCGUCCGAGGAAAGCUUGUGGGACUUGUACGAGAGAUGGAGGAGUCACCACACGGUUUCGCGAAGCCUCACUGAGAAGCACAAACGGUUUAACGUGUUCAAAGAAAAUGUUAUGCAUGUGCAUAACACUAACAAGAUGGAUAAGCCUUACAAGCUGAAACUGAACAAGUUCGCUGACAUGACCAAUCAUGAAUUCAGGAGUACCUAUGCAGGCUCAAAGGUUAAUCACCACAAAAUGUUCCGAGGCACGCAACAUGGGAACGGGACCUUCAUGUAUGAGAAGGUUGGGAGUGUUCCUGCUUCAGUGGAUUGGAGGAAGAAAGGUGCUGUCACUGAUGUGAAAGAUCAGGGCCAAUGUGGUAGCUGCUGGGCGUUUUCAACUGUUGUAGCUGUUGAAGGUAUUAACCAAAUCAAGACAGAUAAGUUGGUGUCAUUGUCUGAACAAGAGUUGGUCGAUUGUGACAAAGAAGAAAACCAAGGAUGUAAUGGUGGGUUGAUGGAAUCUGCUUUUGAGUUCAUCAAACAGAAGGGAGGCAUAACAACAGAAAGCAAUUAUCCAUACACAGCACAAGAAGGAACGUGUGACGCAUCAAAGGUGAAUGACCUAGCUGUGUCAAUUGAUGGUCAUGAAAAUGUCCCUGUGAACGAUGAAAAUGCACUGCUCAAAGCUGUCGCCAACCAACCUGUUUCUGUAGCCAUUGAUGCUGGGGGAUCUGAUUUCCAGUUCUACUCUGAGGGAGUGCUUACGGGUGACUGUAACACGGAUCUAAAUCAUGGUGUAGCAAUUGUGGGAUAUGGAACAACGGUUGAUGGGACUAAUUAUUGGAUAGUGAGAAACUCUUGGGGACCAGAAUGGGGAGAACAAGGUUACAUCAGAAUGCAAAGGAACAUAUCAAAAAAGGAGGGACUUUGUGGCAUAGCCAUGAUGGCUUCCUAUCCAAUCAAAAAUUCCUCUGACAAUCCAACAGGAUCUUUCUCAUCUCCCAAAGAUGAACUUUGAAAGCCUUCUACAAAAUCAAACUCUCAUAAGUCUUAGUUGUUGUUUUUUAACUUUUAUCUAAGAUUGAAUGCUAAUGUAUCCAUCAAUAUAUUACAUCACAGAAAUAAAUGUUUUAAUUUGAUUUGAGUGCU